AUGAUUUCUGGAUUAUCUCCCCUAGAGCGCGCUGAGAAUGUGGGUAACGUGGUUGAGCCCCCACUAACCCCCACAUGUCCAUUCUCCCACCAGCCCCCACUAACCCCCACAUGUCCAUUCUCCCAUCAGCCCCCACUAACCCCCACAUGUCCAUUCUCCCACCAGCCCCCACUAACCCCCACAUGUCCAUUCUCCCACCAGCCCCCACUAACCCCCACAUGUCCAUUCUCCCACCAGCCCCCACUAACCCCCACAUGUCCAUUCUCCCACCAGCCCCCACUAACCCCCACAUGUCCAUUCUCCCACCAGCCCCCACUAACCCCCACAUGUCCAUUCUCCCACCAGCCCCCACUAACCCCAACAUGUCCAUUCUCCCACCAGCCCCCACUAACCCCCACAUGUCCAUUCUCCCACCAGCCCCCACUAACCCCCACAUGUCCAUUCUCCCACCAGCCCCCACUAACCCCCACAUGUCCAUUCUCCCACCAGCCCCCACUAACCCCCACAUGUCCAUUCUCCCACCAGCCCCCACUAACCCCCACAUGUCCAUUCUCCCACCAGCCCCCACUAACCCCCACAUGUCCAUUACGCACAGACUGUCUUACUGAUGGACUGAUUAACAUUGACAAACUUACUGAUGGACUGAUUGACAUUGACCAACUUGCUGAUGAACUGAUUGACAUUGACCAACUUACUGAUGAACUGAUAAAAAUCCUCACGUUUUUAGUCUUGUGUUGA